UUACAAACAUCUAAUCGGCUUGAGGGUUUUGUUUUAUCGUCUUAAAAAAAACCAAGUUAUUUAUGGUUUAUUAUGGACGAUCUUUUAGUUUAUUCAGUAGAACAAGUGGCUUUUGAAGGGAAUAAAGGUAUAUUAUUUUGCCUGAAAGAAGGGCUGAAUUUCAAUAUUCUAAAAAUAUAUAUAUUAUUUUUGUUUUUUUUUAUUAAAAAAUCUUUAAAUAUAUAAACAUAAAAUAUUUAUAAAGAAUAUUAAGUUUAGUAGGUUGCAACCUUUCAAGAUUAUGGGAAAUUAUAGAAGAGUUUUAUAAUAUACACUUUAGUUCUUCUGUUUAUUGUAUUGAUGAUGAUUUUAAGAGUUAUUUUUGGGGAUUUUUCGUUUCGUUGCCUGAAAUAGUGCUUAAUGAGGUUCAUGAGAAGUCUACAUCAUCAAACAUGAUAUUAAAAAUUAUUAAAACGAAAGAAGUCGAUUUGAAAUUAUUGAAAAAACGUUAUAAUGAUAAUUUAAGAAUUUCAGUAAUACUUGAAAAACAAUUUUUAGUUCUUACUGGCAAAGAGCUUGAUGAAGAAAAUAAGUAUGUUGCAAGAUAUUUUGAUCUUCUCUCUAUAAUAUCUAAACAUAAGGGAAAAGGAAUUAAUCAAAUUGAUCUUGCUAAACAAUUAAAUAUUGAUUCUCGUAGUUUACCUUCUCGUAUAAAUCCAUUAAUUGAAAAAGGACUUAUUAUAAGGCUUCCUAUUAUUAUUUCCAAAGCUCAGACAUUUUUAUUGAUCCAUAGUCAUUAUGCUAAUGAUUCUUUAAAAAGAAAUCAGAAUAAUUCUCAAGGUUCUGAAGAUAUAGAUAAUAUUGUAGAUAUAAAUUACUUAAGGAUAUGUAUUACUGAUUUGCUUUCUAAAGCUGAAAACAAUGUUAUGCGAUAUGUUGAUCUUAAGCGUCUUUGUAAAAUUAAUAAUAAAUUGUUUCGUCGUGGAUUUUCCAAACAGAUAAGAUCUAUGGAGCAAUUAGGAUUUCUGGAAAGAUGUAGGGUUGCAAAUAAUAAGGGAUAUUCUAAAUGUGUAAAAUUAAUUAAACCUUAUAAUAUAGAUAUUGUGAAAGAAGAAAGCCAAGUUAAUAUAGAUAGUGAUGAUGACAGCAAUAGUUCUUCAGAUAAUGAUGAUAAUAAAGAAGAAAUUUUUUUUGAUUUAAUAAAACCUGUUAUUACAAUUUCACGUGAUUUAACAAUUGAAUUUCUUCUUUUUCAAGAAAUAAAAAAUAGUGGAAAAAGUGGAAUUUCUGGACCUGAUCUUAAGAAACGAAUUGUAGGAGAUCAAUGGUCGCGACCACUACAGCUUAUUUUAGAUAAAUUAUCUUUAGUUCCAGAAAAGUCGUUGAAUUUAAAUAAUAUACAGCCAAAACAUUUAUCUUAUUUUACAAUUUAUAGGGAGCAAGAAUUUGUUGGUCGAAUAAAUCAAUAUCGCUAUUUGUCAUCUUUAAGUUAUCAGACUUUUUGCUUGGAAAAUAAUAUAACUAAUAGAACAAAACUUAAUGAUUUGAAUGUAAUAUUUCCUAUAUACGAUGAAUUUAAGCUUUAUUCAUAUGAUGAAAAUCCGAAUAUUUCUGAUAGAAAUAUUAAAAAUAAACAUAUAAAAUUAGAAAAAACUAAAAAAUAUUCAGAUGAUAUAAUUAAGAGCUUUGAAGAGGGGAAAUCGUUUAAGAAUUUUCAUAUUAAGAAUGAUAUGUCUCAAAAUUCUUUACAUGUUGACUCCAUAGAAAAAGAGACAGAAGAUAAAUUAGUUGAUUCUGAUUUUGCAGGCUCAAAAAUAAGAUCUAAAAGGACAAAUUCUGAAGAAAAGACUCAAGAAAUAUUUCCACAUAAAAGAUUAAAGAAAAUAUCUAUCAAGUGCCCAACUAAUACUCCUACAAAUUCAUCUCCCGUUUUAAACACGAGUGAUACUUUAGAUGAUUCUAAGACUCCACGUUUUGCAUUUAUAAUGAAAAAUCAUGAUUCUCCGACUCCUACUCCAAUUUCUACGUUUUUACAUGAAACUUCUACCGAUCCUUUAGAGAAAUUGACUUUUCAAAAACAUAUAGAUAAAAACGAUUUUAAUGGAAGUCUGGAUUAUGGGAUUAAUAAAAUCGAUGUUUCUAUUCCUAAAGAAAAUUCCAUUUCGAAUAAUAAUACUGCUAAUAACAAGAAAUCUGAAUUAGCCUUUUCAAAAUAUGAUUCACGAAUAAGUCUUGCUUAUGUUCGUAGACAAAAUUUAAUAUUAGAAAUACUUCAUAAAAAUGGUGGAAUCUUGCAGGGAGGAAAAUAUUUAAAUGACCAAUAUAAUUUAGCAUUUAGAAGUAAAACACGUUCUUCUUCAGAUCAUGAAAUUGAUCGAAAAACAAUGGAAAAAACUCUUGAGUCUUUAAAAAGAACUGGAAAAAUUCAUCAUAUUUGUGUAGCUUAUACAAAUGCUAAAGGUACCAACAAUAUGUUUUGGAUUGUCGCAGAUGCAAAAUAUGAUAUUGAUGGUAUUGAAAUUAACAAUUUUAAAAAUAGAAUUUUAAAAGAACGUUCAAUAAAAACUAAGACAUAUAGGCCUUUGCCAUUGAAAAUAGAGAAUUUGGUUGUUGAUUUUCCUGCAAAACUCAAAAGGAAAGGUCUUUCAUUUACUGAUAGCUCUAAGUCUGCGGAAUCAAAUCAUAUUCAAUAUAAGCAUGCCUCUGAAAAUCACGUUUCGCAAGAACAUGAAUUAAUAUCUCAGAGUGCUUCUAUAAUUAAUAAUCAAUCUCUCUCAUCUAUAGUUUCUGAAACAAAAACAUCUUUUGUUUCUACUUUUAUAAAUGAUAAUAAGUUGGUAUUACAGAAGCCAGAUACAAAAGCAAAAACGAAGUCUGAACCUGAUAGAAAAUUACAGCUUCGUAAAAAAUUAUUAAAUUAUAAUACUGCAGAUAUUUUUCCAUUUAUUGGAAAACAUCGUUUUUUAAGUAAAAACAAUUUGGAUGAUAGAUUUAAUGAAAUAAAUGAUUAUCAAAGGAUUUGCAAGAAUGCCCCGAUACGGAGGAAAAAUAAUUUUACUUUAAACGAUGAUGAUAUUUUAGUUAGAGCGAUUUUUCUUAGUAAAUGGGCAUAUGGUGGAAAUUCUGGGUUCAUUGAUUGGGAACUCAUUAAGAAAGUUUUACCCCAUUAUUCUGAGGCAGAAAUAAAGUCACGGUUUAGUACGCUUCGCUCAAAAAAUUACAUUAAAGAAAUAGGCAACUUCUUUGCUAGCUUUUGGGAAUCACAUUAUCAAAAUGCUAUAGAAAACGAAAUUCUUUCACCUAUUUCACCUGUAUCGAAUUAUUCCGAUAUAUUAACACUUGUAGAAUAUUCUAAAACCCUUGAUAUUUUAGAAAAUUAUGAUAAUAUUGAGCUUCCUGAUACUAUUGAGGAGAUUACCGCGAAUUAUAUUAUUAAGAAUGUAAAUAAAACAAAUGAUAUACGCCAUAAUUUUUUUGACGCAUCUCUUUCUUUAAAUGCUAGAGAAAUUAUAUUAUAUGAAACUGCAUUUUCUUAUUCUGAUACAGAUAAUUUUUUUCAAAAUCAAGAUGAAAUUAAAUCUAUAAUAAAAUCAAUACUUAUAACUCCAGAAGAAAAUUAUGAUUCAGAAGUUGCCAAAAAAUUAUUAGAAUCCUAUGAAGAAGAUCAUAUAGAAUCUGUAUUACAAGAGUUAAUUCAAGAAAAACUUAUAGUACGAUCAAAAUCUGAAUUAAAUAGAAUUUUACCUGGAAGAAAUUAUAGGUUUUCUGAUAAAUUUUUACUUACUUUUAAAACAUGUUUUCCUGAUUUUUUGUUUUCCCAAGCUGUUGAGUUUUAUACACAAAUUACACAAGAGUUUCAAAAGAAUAAUACUGUUACAUUAUCUGAAUUUAUUAAUAGCGGUUCUAUGGCUUGCGUAUUAGAUCUUGUUGCACAUAAUUAUGUUACACUUUCUAUAGAAAAUGUUUUAGAUGUUUUUUCAAGUCAUAUUCAUCAUUAUAAUACUCAAAAUUGGGAAGAUUAUAUUAUAGAUUUCUCUGUUGUUGCUCAGUUAAAAGAUAUUUCAUAUAUUUCACUUGACAAAUCUAUAAAAUAUGAAAGUUCUUUAAAGAAUUAUGUUUGGGUAGAUAUUUCAGGAAAUAUAUUAAAAAGCGUAUACGAUCAAUAUCUCCAAACUAUAUUAAGUUUGAUUAUACAGCGUCCAGGAAUAAAUUUAUCUGAAUUGGCAUGUAUCCUUCAUCCUGCUGUGGAUAUUCAAGAAAUUAAAAUUAUUAUUUCUUCUUUAAUGCCGAAAAUUAUAAAUAACAAUGAAGGGGCUCUAUAUGUAAAACAAUUGUAUUAUAAAUGUAUAAUAUAA